AUGUUUUCUAGAGCUGCCACCCCAUUUGUGCAAAAGGUUGUUGCAGGUUCAGCUGCAGUCACUGGGUUGACUGCAUCAUACUUGUUGUAUAAGGAUUCACUUUCAGCUCAAGCUAUGACUGCUGCUGAACAUGGUUUGCAUCCUCCAGCUUAUGGCUGGUCACACAAUGGUAUGUUUGAAACAUUUGACCAUGCAUCCAUCAGAAGAGGAUUCCAAGUUUACAGAGAAGUUUGUGCUUCAUGUCAUUCAUUGGAUCGUAUUGCUUGGAGAAAUUUAGUUGGUGUUUCUCACACUGCUUCUGAAGCAAAAGAAAUGUGUGAAGAAUUGGAAUAUGAUGAUGAACCUGAUGAUGAAGGUCUUCCAAGAAAGAGACCAGGUAAAUUGGCUGAUUACAUUCCAGGUCCUUACGAAAAUGAAGAAGCUGCUAGAGCUGGUAAUCAAGGUGCUUUACCUCCAGAUUUGUCUUUAAUUGUUAAGGCAAGACAUGGUGGUUGUGAUUAUAUCUUCUCCUUGUUGACUGGUUACCCAGAAGAACCACCAGCAGGUGUUGUCUUACCACCUGGUACUAACUAUAACCCAUACUUCCCCGGUGGAGCUAUUGCCAUGGGUAGAGUCUUAUUUGAUGAUUUAGUUGAAUAUGAAGAUGGUACUCCUGCUACUACUUCCCAAAUGGCUAAAGAUGUCACAACUUUCUUGAACUGGACUGCUGAACCGGAACACGAUGAAAGAAAGAGAUGGGGUCUUAAGGCUUUGAUUGUUGUUUCCUCCUUAUAUUUGGUUUCCAUCUGGGUCAAGAGAUACAAGUGGGCUGCUGUUAAGGCUAGAAAGUUCAGAUUUGACCCUCCAAAGAAGAACUAA